UCCCUCUCUCUCUCUCUCUCUCUCUCUCUCUCUCUCACUCACUCUUCUCCCCCAACACAAACCCACAAAGACCCAAAUGUCCGACGACGACGCCGGAGGCGGUGGAGAGGAGUACCUCUUCAAGGUGGUGCUCAUCGGCGACUCGGCCGUCGGCAAGUCCAACUUGCUGUCACGGUUCGCCAGGAACGAGUUCGACCAGAACUCCAAGGCCACAAUCGGAGUGGAGUUUCAGACCCAGGCGGUGGAGAUUGACGGCAAAGAGGUCAAGGCCCAGAUCUGGGACACGGCGGGUCAGGAGAGAUUCAGGGCUGUGACGUCUGCUUAUUACAGAGGCGCGGUUGGGGCGCUGGUGGUGUAUGAUAUCAGUAGGAAGACUACUUUUGAGAGUGUCGAGCGCUGGCUUAAUGAGCUUACUAUGCAUUGCGAUACUGCGGUGGCAAAGAUGUUGGUAGGCAAUAAGUGUGAUUUGGAGGAUAUUAGAGAUGUGACCAUUGAAGACGGUAAAAGCCUUGCAGAAGAGAAGGGAUUAUUUUUCAUGGAGACUUCUGCACUAGAUGCUACCAAUGUUCAAGAGGCCUUUGAGGUUGUUAUUCGUGAGAUUUACAACAAUGUCAGCAGGAAAGUCUUGAAUUCUGAUUCUUACAAGGCUGAGCUGUCUGUUAAUCGUGUAAGCCUGGUGAAUAAGGCAGAUUCGACAAAAAAUCGGUGUUGCAGUGGAUGAUCUCUGUUCCUUCAGUUGCAUGUCUUUAUAAUGUUCUCUUUCCCCCAUCCCUAAAGGAGAAAAGGAAUUGGUUAUUGCUUGUUUGUUUUUACAGGUGAUUACUAGGGUAAUUAAUGACUAAUGAUCAUUAAUCUGUCAUCGCGGUUUAGGUAUCAAAUAAGACUUUGAUAUGUUCGUAAUUUUGAAGUU